AUGGCGGCGCGGGCCCAGAAGAUAGCAGAGAUAGCAGAGAAGCUGGACCAGCUGACCGGCAUCUCGUCAGAGAAAAGGGUGGAUAAGAAGCUGGGCCGGCACUCCCAGGAUCUGCCCUGCCUCGGCCUGCGGGACGUCUCGCCCAGCCUGGCCGAGCACUACCUGCGCGCCCUGCGCCGCCUCAGCGCCGGCCGCCGCCCGUCCGGCCCGGGCUCCGACGAGGGCUGGAUCCCGCACUCGGUCGGAGGCGCGAACGAGGCCUUCCUGCACCUGGCGACGGGUCUGGUCACCUGGCACCAGCCGAACCGCGGGCAGCUGGCCGACGCCGCGCUGGACCAGCGCUCCCUCCAGCGGCUGGUGACCGAGACGAACGGCGGCCGGGACCGGCACGAGCCAGAGGUCGUCCGCAUUCAGGUGGGCGGCGGGGGGUGA